AUGCCUGACGGCCAUCCACCAUCCCCGCCUCUCUCACUGCCACUACAAUCUACCCCCCUCACCCAGGCACUGCAAACCGUCAUUGGCAGCACGCCUGCGCGGCCGUCGCGCCUGCUGCCCUUCUCGUGGGCGCGCACCGUGCCCGAGGGCCAUCUGGUGGAGCAGGCGCUGGCGCUGCUGCUGUGGGGCCCGCAGCGCCUGCCCGCCCUGCGCACCGGCAAGUGGUCCGCCAAGCGCCUUGCGCUGCUGCUGAAAGGAGGACAGCGAGCGGAGGAGCGUGCAGGGGGGAGGGGGGGGACGUUGAUGUCACCCAGAGAGCUGUUCCUGAUGAGCAACAGGGAGAGGGAGGAGCUAGCGGACAGGGCGCAGGCAACGGUGGAGGGGUCGCUCAUAGACGACAUCCCCAGCAACCAUCUGCUGCGGCCGGUGUACAGCGGGGUGCGGGCGGCGGUGGACAUCAUUCAGUGGAAGGAGCCACUCGCCACCAUCCUCGCCGCCAUGCUCUGCCUCUUCCUCGUCAACGGGCAAGCCCCUCCCCGCCUCAAUACGUUUAGGCAAUGCCCCUUGCCCCAAUUCUCCGUUUUCCUGCCCCUGCCUCUCCUGUCCGUCUUCUCGAUUGCCGUGCUUCCCUCCAGGGGAUACUUCUGGCUGCUACCAGCGCUGCUGCUGCUGCUGCUCGCCGCCAUUAUCAUCUUCUACCGCAUCACCAACCCCUCCUCGCCGCCGCCACAACCCCCCUCUCUCCCCCACGGCCCCGGCUCCCCCAAGUCGACAGCCUCACAGCUGCCCCUCGGCAGCCCCGCCCUGGCGUCCUCGCCGGCGCCACCAGCGUCAGCAGCGGGGGGGCGGUGGGGCAUGGGGGGCGGGGCGAUGCGGGUGCUGGUGGUGGAGAUGGAGCCGUCGCCCACCACGAUGGGGGCGGUGAUGAUGGUGAAGGACGGCAUCGCGGCGGCGCUCACCGUGUUCCAGCGCAUCAACGUGGCGCUGCUCAAAGUGCGCAGCAUCUUCCAGUCCGCCGAGCCACAGGUGCGUGCACUGGGGCACAUGGGUGCAGGGGAGCAGCUGGUGCGUCACCCCUCCCCCUGUGCGUCACCCCUCCCCCUGCGCGUCACCCUCCCCCUCUGCAUCACCCCGCCCCCCCACAGCUCACUGACAAGGUGCUGCUGCUGCUGCUUGGCGGGGGCGGCAGCGGCUGUGGUGGUGCCGCUGCUGGUGCCGGCGCGGGUGAUCGGCACGGUGGCAGUGCUGCACAUCUUCUCCGCCUACUUCAACUUCCAAAAGCAGAAGGGCGGCCCGCAGACCUCCUCCAUGGGGCCACAAGCUGCGCCGCUGGUGGCAGCUCGUGCCCGUUCCCCCCGUCAGGGUCGUUGUCGCCGGCUCUGCUGCCGCCGCUGCGGCGUCCACAACUGCCUUGGGUGGCGACAAGCUGAAUACGUGACAGUGCUCUGCCGCAGCACACACAUACACGUUGAAGCUGCAGGGGCAGGGUGUGGAGGAGGAAACCGGAUUGACAGGCAGGGUGAGGCAGGGAAAGAGAGAACAGGAGGGAGAGAGGGGGGAAGAUUGGCACAGUUGGGGGGAGACGACUGGGGGAGAGAUGGAGUGCACGGAGUGCGGGGCAAAGGGAGCAGAGGAAUGGACAGCGGGCGCGCGGGUCAUGCGCGGAUCAUGUCGUCGCGCAGCACGACGAUCUGCGCACCGCAUGCGGUGCAGAUGGCCUUUUCAACCGCGGUUCGUGCUGGCGACGAGGCAGCCUUCGGUUGCCGCCAUUAG